AUGCAGCAUCUCCCGUGGCCCUCAGUACGGAGUACAGGGAGCAGCUAUCUGCUCUCUGCAGUACGAGUAUGCAGUGCUACUUCGACUCAACCCAAAUCAUUAUGGAGUGCAUACAAGUACAUUGAUAGGCUGGCGCCAAAGAGUCAAGUACAGUCUCGCGGAGCUCUGCUUACCAUCGGUGCCAGUGUCAUGCUGGCAGCUUCAUACUGGUACAUGUACAUGGAGAUGGAGGGACUUGAGCACCGCCUGAACACUACAGUCGCUCCAUCCAUGCGUCGCCAAGAGGAUUCGCCUCCGCCUGGCUCCCAGCGAGAGCCUUGGCAAGCCAUCAAAGGAGACGACAGCCGUGCAAGCAGCUCCUGGUACGGCCGAUGGACCUGGCGAUGCUCCCCGGGGAAGCGCCAAAAGGCGCUGCGACGCUUGCAUUCGAGUCCAGGCGCCACUUUGCCCAAGAGCUUAUUCCCAGACCGUAUCAUCUGGCUCCAGGCGUUUUGCUUUGUUCAGCGGAAUGCAAUCCCGUCACCGCUGCAGGGAUCCAGGCGGCUGAGAGGGGUGCUGCAGCCAGCAUCCGCGGUCAAGAUAGACGUGCUCCACAAGGCGAAACGUCUCUGCUAA